AUGGUGAUGGAAAAUAUUUGGUCACUGCCGAUGUGCAGUGACUAUAAAUUCUCUGAUUCGAAAUCUUGUAGAAAAAAUAUUAAGUGGAGUCCUCCUCCUCCUGAGUUUUUGAAGAUGAACUUCGAUGGGACUUGCAGAGGGAAUCCAGGUGUGUCUGGAUAUGGUGCAAUUAUUCGAGAUGAGUCUAGUGAUAUGCUGGGGGCAAAAUUUGGCCCGAUAGGAGUAUCGACUAACAACAUUGCCGAAGUAACUGCUCUUGAGGCAGGCCUUGAAUGGUGUGUAGAGAAGGGGGUUCACAAGGUUUUGAUUGAAGGUGACUCGCAGGUUAUACUCAAUGGUAUAUCUAAUCAACAAUUCACGGAUUGGAAACUAAAUUGUUGGAUCCUGAGGAUCCAACAUCUUAUAGGUCACAUCUCUAACUGUUCUUUUAUUCACUCAUACCGAGAAGGUAAUGCGGCUGCAGACUACCUGGCCAACAUGGGAAUAAAUAGUACAUGUCCCAAACAGUUGUCUGCGGCAGAUGAGAUUCCGGAUGCUUUGUUGCAGAUUUUGAUCCGAGAGAAAUCAUCAAUCCCUAGGGCAAGGAUAGGGUAG